GGGCUACCGACAUCCGGGCCCUUCGCUCGCCUCAGCCGCCGCCAGAAGCGGGGUCACCGCCGCCGCCGGACGGGGCGGGCGGCUGCCGGCACGCAGGUUUGCCUGGCGCAGGAUCCCACCUCCCCGGAUAACCCUGCGUCCUGCCUCCCCGGCAGCAGCACCGAGCCUCGGCGAUGCGGCUUCAAGGCUGACCCUGCUGAGAGCCCCUGAGAUACUGAACUCUAUGGGAGUGGAGACCACUUGACUGCACUCAGCACCUUUCAGGAUCAGGCCCUAGGGCGCUAAAUGAGAAUAUGGCCAAUGGCAUUGAGGAUCUUAUCGGGAUCCCAUUCCCGAACCACAGCAGUGAAGUCUUAUGUGGUUUAAAUGAGCAGCGGCAUGACGGUCUCCUCUGCGAUGUCAUCCUCAUUGUACAGGACCAGGAGUACCGGACCCAUCGGUCCGUCCUUGCUGCCUGCAGCAAGUACUUCAAAAAACUCUUCACUACCGGCACUUUAACAGACCAGCCCUAUGUUUACGAGAUUGACUUUGUCAAGCCUGAAGCACUUUCUGCCAUCCUCGAGUUUGCCUACACCUCAACCCUCACCAUCACCACCUCAAAUGUCAAGCACAUCCUCAGCGCUGCCAAGAUGCUGGAGAUCCAGUGCAUUAUCAAUGUAUGCCUUGAAAUCAUGGAGCCCGACAGAGAGGCGGAAGAGGAAGAUGACAAAGAGGACGAAGAUGAUGACGAAGACGAAGACGAAGAUGAGGAGGAAGAGGAGGAGGAGGAGGAAGUGGAAGAUUUUGUCAAUCAGGAGAACCUAACCGAUGUCCAAGAAGUAAGCUGUCACCAAAGCCCUUCUAAGUCUGAUCUUACCGAAGAAGCAUAUACAGAAGCACCUAAAGACUUUCCAAAUCACUACCCAGCCAAUAACUCCUCUGGACACUUGGGCGUGAUACGAGACUUCUCCAUCGAGUCCUUGCUAAGGGAAAACUUGUACCCUAAGGCAAACAUCCCAGAAAGGAGGCCAGCUCUCUCUCCUUUCGCCCCUACCUUCUUCCCCCAUCUAUGGAACGGCGAUUUUAGCUCCUUCUCCCAGCUCGAGGAGCCACAAGUAGACAAUGGCCCCUUGGAUCUGGUGAUCAAAAAGAGGAAGAUCAAGGAAGAGGAGGAGAAGGAAGACCUGCCUCCGCCUCCUUUCCCUAAUGACUUCUUCAAGGACAUGUUUACCAACACCCCAGCAGCUCCCUUAGGGCAUAUUAAGGCAGAGACUGACUAUAGCGCUUAUCUCAAUUUCCUAAGCGCUACCCAGUUUGGAGGAGUUUUUCCCCCGUGGCCCCUGGAGGAAGAGAGGAAGAUAAAGCCCAAGGCAUCCCAGCAAUGUCCCAUCUGUAACAAAGUCAUCAUGGGAGCCGGCAAACUGCCCAGGCACAUGAGGACCCACACGGGAGAGAAGCCGUAUAUGUGCAAUAUCUGUGAAGUCCGCUUUACCAGGCAGGACAAGCUCAAAAUCCACAUGCGGAAGCACACGGGGGAGCGGCCGUACCUGUGCAUCCACUGCAACGCUAAAUUUGUGCACAACUACGACCUGAAGAACCACAUGCGCAUCCAUACGGGCGUCCGGCCCUACCAGUGCGAGUUCUGCUACAAGAGCUUCACCCGUUCUGACCACCUCCAUCGCCACAUCAAACGCCAGAGCUGCCGGAUCGCGCGACCCCGGCGAGGACGCAAGCCGGCGGCGUGGAGGGCGGCCGGCUUGCUCUUUGCUCCCGGUGGUCCGCCAGUGGAGAAGAGCUUCGUGAUGCCGCCAACGUUGGAGGAGAUGAGCGGCCACCUCGGCGGCGCGGCCAUGUGCCUUCCCGGCCCCAGCCCCAAGCACUUUUUAAGCGGGGCCAAGACCUCCUUCAGCCUGCAGGAGCUGGAGAGCCAGUUUGAAGAAACCCAGAUGAAGCUCUUCAGGCGAGCCCAGCUGGACAUGGAGAGGAACGCGGGCAUCUUCGCCUUCGCCCUGGGCCAUAACGAAAACCUCGCCACCCAACCCUUCUUCCCCCUUCCCGAUCCUUGGAGCACGGGCUUCAGCGGCUUGGCAGGGCUCGGCCACGUGGCUCCCAUCUCGGAGGCGAGUAACUAAACCCGCGCCCGGUCCCACCGUGGGUCCGCUCCCUUCCCAACAGGGCGACCGGCUCCCUUGGGGUCCCCGCCUGCCCUUUCGCAUCGUCUGGCUCCCAAGAAGCUCUUCGUCCCCUCGCCGCCGUGGCCUACCGCGGGGCUUGGGGCACGAGGCCAACCCCGGGGCGAGCGGGUGGGUGGGCAGGGGCUGCGCCCCAUGGCCACCGGCACUUUAGACUCUGCGAUGCACUUGGCUUUGCGGCCACGAGGCAUUUGCUGCCCGAUCCAGCCGCCCACCACUCGUGGCUCCGUCUGGGAAGGCCAGGCCAGGACUGCUGCUCUCUUCAACGCUCCCGAAAAUGUCACUUGCCUUAGUCCAGGGCAUGGCCGUCACCAUGAGAUGGCUUUUCUGGGGCAGAUGUUCCCCAUUUUCCACCCGUGGGGCCUGCUGGACACUGAGAAGCUGUCCAGACUUGGUUUUGAUAUGUUACAUUCCUUGGCCCUUUUGGUCAAAAGGACUUUUUUUUUUUUUUUUAAUUAAUUCCCAUGUCUGGCAACAAAAUUUAUUCUACAAGGGAUAAAGGGGAGGGUCAAGCAGCCACGUUGGGAGGGGGAGGAUCCUGGCCGUUGCCAUUCUCAGCGGUAUAUCAGAUUUGCAGGGCUGGUGAAAGCCCUGCUGUGCAGGAUGAGUUGGGACCCUAAAAAAUUUUUAAAAAAAGAGAUAGAAAAUCACCCAAGAGCAAAGCUGGGUGGAAAAGGGGUUUUUUACUUAUUUUGGUUCUUUGGCUGUUUCAAAAUUUCAGAAGGAGAACCAAAGCCUAUUUGGAGUAUUUUAACUUCAGUGCUUGAAAAGGUGAAGGAAAAUUCUUGGAAGGAUCAGAAAUGUUUCGAUUCUGAGCUUUUAUUAAACCCUUGCUUUGCAAAAAUAAAUCAUGUGGGAAUUUUGAAAUGAAGAAGUCGUUUCAAACCAAAGAGUCAGAAUUCACCGCCGCUGACCAUUCUGAAAUGUCUGGGGUUUUGUCCUUAAUUCCCCCUAAUUCCUAUAUAUAUUUUGAUGACAAAAAUUUACAAAACACUUGAGUGUCCCCGAAUCUGCAGUGUUGAUGGGAAAAAAUUGGGUGUGCAAAUAUCCCCGCUGCUUGUCUCAAGAGAUCUUUGUGGAAAAGAAAUCCACUAAAGAUAUCUUGCAGAUGAGAUUGUCUACUUGCAAGCAAGCAAGCAGAAAUACUAUUUCUUCACCAUUUGUUGGUUCAAAAGACGAGGCGGUAACACACGAUGGGGUUCUCCAAGCCGAAGGUCACCCAUGGUGGCCAACAGGUCUGGGGUCCUCCCCAGCAUCCCUGCAGACCCUGGCUUGGCCACCCCUAUCUAAUAUUUCUUUUGAGGCCAAAAAAGUGGCAGAUUGGCUGGAAUCGCCCCGUCAGCCUCCUUCAGCCCCUAAAAACAUGAGCUACUCUCAAGGAUAAAGGCUUUUGAUGGCCAUCUGCCUCCAAAAGUUCCUCUUAGACGUGGUGGGACCCCAGUUUCACCAUCGACUGAGACGGCUUGCGGUGGGUGCCCCGGGAAGCUGGUUUUACAUGAAACCAGCACUUGAAAAUGUAAAUGUUACAAAAUAGGGCUUUUUCUUUCUCUUUUUACUGUUACCUUUCAACGUCAGCAGAAUCAAAGGGAAUGAGAGGACAGCGGCUUCAUUCAUUUUUUGCUUUGCCCAUCGGUGGUGCCACUUUGAAGCGGUGGCUGGAUGAGGGUCUCCCCACCGGAGCAUGGCGGGGACACAAGGGGUCCAGGAUCCACAGCCCCCACGAGGGCAUGGAGGACUUCUGCUCUGAGACCAUCCGUAGCAGAAUGAUCCCAAGGAACUGCCCAACGCUUCCUUCCUCCUCCAAAAAGAAAUCCACAAAGACUCCGUGUGCAACAAGUCAAUGGAGGAAAAAAAAAAAAAAAGAAAAAAAAAAAAAGAAAACUUCUUAGAACUGCAUCAAACUUUUUUUUUUUAAUCCGUAUCAACUUCUUACACAAGCAGCGUUUUGCAGAUGACUGGUUACUUCAGGUGUUUUUUUGUCUACGAUUUGGAGUCAUUGUAAAGUAUCCAAAGAUGCUGAGUACUGUAUAAUCUACAAGGACUUGAAGCAAGGUGGUUUUUCUGUCUCAAUUUGUUUGUUGGGUUGGUUGGGGGUUUUUUUCCUAUUUGUCUAGGGGGGAAAAACCUUUGCAAUUUUUCUAUUUAUAACUAUUUUUAUGUGAUUGUUUUAUGUACAAAACAAUGGAAAAAAUCAAAAAAGGAGAGAGAAACACACACACACAAACAAAUUUGCCUUAGUUACUCACGGGACAAUCACCCUUAACUUUCAUUGACGCUAGAAAGUGGAUGGAAAAAAAGAGACUAGAUCCUUUUAUGUAUUUAUUAAACUAUAUUAACUGAUGCUCUUAAAUUAUUAGCAGGACUUGGUUCUCUUGCCUGUGGCUAUGCUGAGAAGGCUAAGCCGCUGCAGAUGCUGAGCUGCCUCCCUCCUCGGGCUGGCACAGCCGUCCCCGUGGCCUCAGGUCUACGGAUGUUUGCCGGACACACAAAUUUGGUGCUUUCCAAAAGCACCUUUUGGAAAGCCAAACCAAUCACGCAUUAAUUAAGCAUCUAGCUGGUACGGGCUCCAACCCGAGGGGGCCAUUGGUGUUGCGAUGCUGAUGACGAUUAACGAGUUAAGGCUGAUUUUCCCGCGUUGCACUGGGUUGGGUUGGACAGAGCCGGGUGCUGGCGGUGAUCACAUUUUGGGGUGGGGAGGGAGGACUACAGAAAAACCCUAUUUCUUCCCAUUUCGAUGUUGUGCGGUGACUCCAGGCCACAGGUAUCCAACAUGGGAGCCCAGCUAAGCGUGGAGGUGCCUUCCCGGGGCUCUGAUCCCCUUCCCCAGCCGGGAUGGGUGUGAUGAGCACCGAGCCUCGGGCUGGAAGGACGCGGGGCUCUCUCCCAGCUCACGGAGUGGUGGCUUCUUGUUCAUCUUCUCACCACGGCUCCUAGGGCUCGGCUGCAGCAGGUACCGCUGAGCACUGGGCUGCAUCACAAGAAGCGUGACCAGCAGGUCGAGGGAGGGGAUUCUGCCCCUCUGCUCCGCUCUGGUGAGAGCCCACCUGCAGUACUGCGUCCAGCUCUGGGGUCCUCAACAUGAGAAGGACACGGAGCUGUUGGAGCGGGUCCGGAGGAGGACACAAAGAUGAUCAGGGGGCUGGAGCACCUCUCCUGUGAGGACAGGCUGAGAGAGUUGGGGUUGUUCAGCCUGGAGAAGAGAAGGCUCUGGGGGCACCUUACAGCAGCCUUCCAGUACCUAAAGGGGGCUUAGAAGAAAGAUAGGGACAGACUUUUUGGUAAGGCCUGUAGCGAUAGGACAAGGGGUAAUGGUUUUAAGCUAAAAGAGGGGAGAUUCAGACUAGAUAGAAGGAAGAAAUGUUUUAUGAUGAGGGUGGUGAGGCACUGGAAGAGGUUGCCCAGAGAGGUGGUUGAUGCCCCAUCCCUGGGAACAUUCCAGGUCAGGUUGGACGGGGCUCUGAGCAACCUGAUCUAGUGGAAGAUGUCCCUGCUCGUGGCAGGGGGGUUGGACUAGGUGGCCUUUAAUGGUCCCUUCCAACCCAAACCAUUCCAUGAUUCUAUGAACACAGCUGACACAAAUGUGAGCCCUGUAAUUCAUGCUGCCACUAUGGAGUUGCAGAAUUUCCUUGUUAUUUGUGAAAGAGGUGCAAAACCCUGGAAAACAGGUGCCAGGUAUGAAUGGUGGGACACAUCCCACAUCGUUCAGCCAUUUGGAAGUGAAGUAACAGACACCCUGUGCACAUUGAGACACGUACAUGUUGACACGUUAAUUUGGGGUGUCCUAACCUGCAACGUGAUUUCCAGCCUUCCUCUGAAGCCAUCCUGGCUCUGGAGGGAGGCAGGUACUACUGGAGGGUGAUUCAUCCCACCUACGCCGGACCUCCCAAGGGUGGGAUGAAUCACCUUCGAUGGCACCUGUCUAUCUACCAGCGUGGUUCGGAAAAACUAGCUUGGACUAAACUGCUUUCCUUUCCCAUAGCUACAGUGAGAUAAGGUUAACCACGGGGAGGGAUGUUCCCGUCACCGCAGCUCCCUCCUCUCUGCUCAGCUGAUGGGGCAGUCCCUGGCAAAACCUUUCCCAGGAGGAUGGGAUGCUGGCACAGCCCAGGGACCAUUCCCAGCUUGGUCAGCUUAACCUCUUCCCAGUCUGUUUUGACUGGGAAUGCGAUGGGAAAUGAGGGUCCAGUCCAUCCUCCCAAGCCUGGGGACCAGGGACUUGGGCUCGUUGGUCGUACGCCCUGGUGCAAUCCCAGCAAAACAUCCCGAGCCCUCACAGCCACUGGUUAUUUUCCUUCCCUCACGCUCCCAGGGAGUGCUCAGGUGCUCGGGCAGGGGUCUGGACCUGUGGGCACAGUCCAAAAAUGUGGCUGGAGAAGAUGGAACUAUCAAUCCCCCUCCCAGGGCUGGUGGUCAGUUGUUGAGCGUCUCAUCUAUGCUCAGAGCCUGCAGGACCGCGGCAGGGUCAGCACAUAAACAGUGUGUUUCUGAGCACAAAAAAUAUAGAAUUAAAAUUAAGUGAAUUCCUUUUUAGCUAUUAAAUACGUUUUCAAUUUUUUUUUUAAAUCUUGUGGCUUUUAACCCCAUUUUAUGCUCAUAUUCUGGUUUGCUUAUCAUGCCAAAAAAAAAAAAAGAUUUGCAAGGGGAGGGUGAAAAAUCUGAAAAUUGCUCGGAGGAGCUGUGCGCUAAUCAGACACAUGGGAAUCACAGAAAGAAACCAGCUUCAGUAAAUGCUUGUUAGCAGCAACAUAUGGCUACACUCUUGCUCCUGAACAGCUGCUGUUAUCUGCUAGAUCAUCCAGACCACG